AUGGGUUGCUUGCCUAAAGUGAAAUUACUUGGUUUUGACAGCCAAUUUCUGCAGCUCCUUUCUGGAACUCCAGUUCCCCCCAUGUUAUUGACGGCGCCACUCUCUCUAACGAUUAUUAAACUCGAAGGUGUGAACUUUAUGGACUUUGACCAGAUGGGUGUUGUUGUCUGCUUGAUUAGAAGUGCUUGGAAUUUGAAAGAACUUUUCAUUGAGGCUUCUACAGAGCUAAAGCUGGAUCAAGUCUCAAGUUAUCUAAAACUCCUGGACUGCACAACUUGCCCCCUUAGCAAACUGCAUCAGGUCAAACUAACAAAUAUCUCAGGUUUUGAUCCAGAGUUGGAGUUUAUCCGGUUCCUUCUCUUUAGUUCGCCAUCGCUUGUGAAAAUGACCAUCGUGGAACACCCACAACUUGAAUCAGCAGCUGCAUUGGAGGUAGCUAGGAAGCUACUCCAGUUUGGGCAACCAUCAGCAGUGCGUAUUGAUUUCUCGAGCGCUAAACCAAAAAAUUAUUUUAAUAUCUUUAGCUUUGCUUUGUAGCAGCAAUAUUUAUUGUAGGAAAAAUGUUUACCGGCAUUGGAUUAAAUUGCAUCUAGUGUGUAGGGGUGGCAGCGGACCGGAGUAAUUCCAGACUGGUCCGGUUCCGGUCACGCUUCGGUACUGGUAACGCAACGGUACUGAUUGCAACUGGUAUAUCCGGAUCCCAACGGUCCGGAAUCCGAUACCGGCAACGGUACUG